AUGGAAGGCUGUGACUCGCCCGUCAUCCCCGGGAAGGACAAUGGGUGCGGCAUCCCUCAGCACCAGCAAUGGACUGAUCUCAACAGCGCCCACCUCCCCGACCCGGCCGGCAGCAUGGAGCAGCCCGCGGCCGAGAGCCGCGGCCCCCUGGACAGCCUGAGGGUCCCUGCUCUCCCCUCGCUGCUCCCGAACUCUCUGCCCAAGCAGGGAGAGCCCUCCGCAGCCGCUCCCGUCUACCCACAGAUCAUCAACACCUUCCACAUAGCCUCAUCCUUCGGGAAGUGGUUUGAGGGCUCAGACCAGGCCUUCCCGAAUACCUCAGCCCUGGCGGGCAUCAGCCCCGUCCUGCACAGCUUCCGCGUCUUCGAUGUGCGACACAAAAGCAACAAGGAUUACCUGAACAGCGACGGUUCUGCCAAAAGCUCCUGCGUAUCCAAAGAUGUUCCCAACAAUGUGGAUCUGUCCAAAUUCGAUGGCUUUGUGCUCUACGGGAAGAGGAAGCCCAUCCUGAUGUGUUUCUUGUGCAAGCUCUCCUUUGGGUAUGUCCGCUCGUUCGUGACCCACGCGGUGCACGACCACCGAAUGACUCUGAGUGAGGAGGAGCGGAAAAUUCUUAGCAAUAAGAACAUCUCCGCUAUCAUCCAAGGGAUUGGCAAGGACAAGGAACCCCUUGUCAGCUUUCUGGAACCAAAAAACAAAACCUUUCAGCACCCUCUCGUUUCCGCAGCUAACCUCAUAGGCCCUGGACACAGUUUUUAUGGUAAAUUCAGUGGCAUUCGCAUGGAAGGCGAGCAGGCCCUCCAGGAGGCCGCCGGGGCUGUGGCAGGCGGCGUUGGCGGCGGCGGCAGCAGCAGCAAAAAGGACCUUGCUCUCUCAAACCAAAGCAUUUCUAACUCUCCCUUAAUGCCUAACGUGCUCCAGACCUUGUCGCGGGGCACAGCUUCUACUAGUUCUAAUUCUGCUUCUUCCUUUGUCUUUGAUGGUGCAAACAGGAGGAAUCACUUAAGCUUUAACAAUGAGGGCGGCGGAGCCAGCGUGGCAGAGGGCAGCAGGAGGCUGGACUUUAUCGAUGAAAGUGCCAAUAAAGACAAUGCCACAGCACCAGAACCAAAUGAGAGCGCGGAGGGCGAGGACGGGAGCUACAUCUCCCAUCACCAGCAUGCUGGCCCCCUCUGUGAACUUGGGGGUGGGGAGUGCCCCUCGGGGAGCGGCGUGGAGUGCCCAAAGUGCGACACAGUCCUGGGCUCCUCGCGGUCGCUGGGUGGCCACAUGACUAUGAUGCAUUCUCGCAACUCAUGUAAGACACUCAAGUGUCCCAAGUGCAAUUGGCACUACAAGUACCAGCAGACGCUUGAGGCGCACAUGAAGGAGAAACAUCCCGAGCCGGGUGGCUCCUGCGUCUACUGCAAAAGGGGACAGCCACACCCGCGGCUGGCCGCCAACAUCGGUAGCACCUGCGGGGCCCCCUCCCCCACCAAACCAAAAACCAAACCUACGUGGCGGUGCGAGGUGUGCGACUAUGAGACCAACGUAGCUAGAAACCUUCGUAUUCACAUGACCAGUGAGAAGCACAUGCACAACAUGAUGCUGCUUCAGCAAAACAUGUCCCAAAUCCAACACAACCGGCACCUGGGCCUCGGCAGCCUGCCGUCCCCCGCCGAGGCCGAGCUCUACCAGUACUACCUGGCGCAGAACAUGAACCUUCCCAACUUGAAGAUGGACAGCACUUCCUCAGAUGCGCAGUUCAUGAUGGGCGGAUUCCAGCUCGAUCCCACCAACCCCAUGGCAACGAUGGCUCCGUCUCUAGUGGGUGGAGAGAUCCCCCUGGACAUGCGGUUAGGUGGUGGACAGCUGGUGUCUGAGGAGCUAAUGAACUUGGGUGAGAGUUUCACGCAAACAAAUGACCCGUCGCUGAAGCUCUUCCAGUGUGCUGUGUGCAACAAGUUCACUACGGAUAAUUUGGACAUGCUGGGCCUGCACAUGAAUGUGGAGCGUAGCCUCCCUGAAGACGAGUGGAAGGCAGUGAUGGGGGACUCGUACCAGUGCAAGUUGUGCCGCUACAACACGCAGCUCAAGGCAAACUUCCAACUGCACUGUAAGACGGACAAGCAUGUGCAGAAAUACCAGCUGGUAGCACAUAUCAAGGAGGGUGGCAAGGCCAAUGAAUGGAGGCUGAAGUGUGUGGCCAUUGGGAAUCCGGUACAUCUGAAAUGCAAUGCUUGCGACUACUACACCAACAGCCUAGAGAAGCUGCGUCUUCACACAGUGAACUCGAGGCAUGAGGCCAGCCUGAAGCUCUAUAAGCACCUUCAGCAUCACGAGAGCGGGGUUGAGGGUGAAAGCUGCUAUUACCACUGUGUCCUCUGUAACUACUCCACCAAGGCCAAGCUGAACCUGAUCCAGCACGUGCGCUCCAUGAAACACCAGCGGAGCGAAAGCCUCCGGAAGCUGCAACGCCUCCAGAAAGGUCUCCCUGAGGAGGAGGAAGACCUGGGACAGAUCUUCACCAUCCGCAAGUGUCCGGCUGCCGAGGCGGAAGAAUCAACUGAAGAUGUGGAAGGGCCCAAUGAAACAGCCGGUGAUGCUGAAGAGCCUGCCAAGGAGCAAGAGAGUGGAGGGGACAAGGACCAGAGUAAAUGGACAGCACCAGCCAGCCAGGCAGAGAAGGAGCUGACAGAGCCUCCGGCAUCUUCUAAACGAAUCUCGUUUCCCAGCAGCUCUGAGUCGCCUCUCUCCUUUAAAUGGUCAAAAACUUCAGAGGAGACCAAAUCAGAACAGAUGUAUCAGUGUCCAUACUGCAAGUACAGUAACACCGACGUGAAUCGGCUGCGGGUGCACGCCAUGACCCAGCACUCGGUGCAGCCCAUGCUCCGCUGCCCGCUCUGCCAGGACAUGCUGAACAACAAGAUCCAUCUGCAGCUGCACCUCACCCACCUGCACAGCGUGUCACCCGACUGUGUCGAGAAACUCAUCAUGACGGUGACAACACCUGAGGUGAUGAUGCCCAGCAGCAUGUUUCUCCCAGCAGCCGCUCCAGAGAAAGACGGGAAUUCCGCUGCGGAGGAGCUGGGGAAGCAGCCUGAGAUCUCUGAGGACUCAGGAAAGAGUCUUCUGCCAUCGGAAAGCGCGGAGCACAGCGGCGAUCCCAAGGUGGUUCCGGCCGACCAGAGCUCUGCCAGGGAUGACUCCGGCUUCCUCUGCUGGAAGAAGGGCUGCAACCAGGUGUUCAAGAGCUCGGCAGCCCUGCAGACGCACUUCAACGAAGUUCACGCAAAGCGGCCUCAACUGCCCGUGUCCGAUCGGCACGUCUACAAGUACCGUUGUAACCAGUGCAGCCUGGCGUUCAAAACCAUUGAGAAGCUGCAGCUCCAUUCCCAGUACCACGUCAUCCGGGCGGCCACGAUGUGCUGCCUCUGCCAGCGCAGCUUCCGAACCUUCCAGGCCCUGAAGAAGCACCUGGAGACCAGCCAUCUGGAGCUGAGCGAGGCCGACAUUCAGCAGCUGUAUGGUGGCCUCUUGGUCAACGGGGACCUCCUCGCUAUGGGCGAUCCGUCCCUUGCAGAAGACCACACUAUAAUAGUUGAGGAAGACAAGGAGGAGGAGAGCGACUUGGAAGAUAAGCAGAGCCCGACAGGUAGCGAUUCGGGGUCGGUGCAAGAGGACUCUGGCUCGGAACCGAAAAGGGCCUUACCCUUCAGGAAGGGCCCUAACUUCACUAUGGAGAAAUUCCUAGAUCCGUCUCGCCCUUACAAGUGCACCGUCUGCAAGGAGUCUUUCACGCAAAAGAACAUUCUCCUGGUCCAUUACAACUCAGUUUCUCACCUGCAUAAACUGAAAAGAGCCCUCCAAGAGUCUGCUACCGGGCAGCCCGAACCUACCAGCAGCCCGGACAACAAACCUUUCAAGUGCAACACCUGCAACGUGGCCUACAGUCAGAGCUCAACCUUGGAGAUCCACAUGAGGUCUGUCCUGCACCAGACCAAGGCUCGCGCUGCCAAGCUGGAGGCGGCUGGGGGCAGCGGCAGUAGCAACAGCGCUGGCAACAGCAGCAGCAGCAGUCUCUCGCUGGGUUCAUCCACCCCAAGCCCAGUGAGUGCGAGCAACAGUAACACUUUUACAACCACCAACACAAGCAAUUCGGGCACAACUCCCAUUCCCAGCCUGCUCAGCCAGGUAUCCAGCGACAGCGUGGGAAUUCCUCCUUUAGGUAACCCUGUAAGCACUAAUACCUCCUCCCCUUCGGAGCCCAAAGAGGUCAACCGAAAGAAGCUGGCAGACAUGAUUGCAUCCAGGCAGCAGCAGCAGCAACAGCAGCAGCAGCAGCAGCAGCAGCAGCAAGCUCAGACCUUGGCACAGGCCCAGGCCCAAGUCCAGGCCCAUCUGCAGCAAGAACUGCAGCAGCAAGCUGCUCUCCUGCAGUCGCAGCUGUUCAACCCAGCACUUUUGCCGCACUUUCCGAUGACCACUGAGACCCUCCUGCAGCUUCAGCAACAGCAGCAUCUCUUGUUUCCUUUCUACAUCCCCAGCGCCGAGUUCCAGCUCAAUCCAGAAGUUAGUUUGCCUGUCACCAGUGGUGCGCUGACAUUGACUGGUACAGGUCCAAGUUUGCUGGAGGACCUGAAGGCUCAAGUUCAGCUCCCUCAGCAGAGCCACCCACAGCUCUUACAGCAGCAGCAAGGUCAGCUGUCCUUGUCACAACCUCACUCCGUCCUCAUACAGCAGAGCCAGCACCCUGAGAAGAAGAAUAAAUCCGUAGUGAAGGAGAAAGAAAAAGAGACCCCACGGGAAAGGGAAAGCACAGAGAGGGGAGACAACAACAUAGCAUCUAAGGAGUCUCUGCCUGAUAACUUAAAGCCCAAAGAGAAGAAGGACUUUGUGCCAGGCAGUAGUUCGGAGCCCUCCUUACUGCCUCCGCGUAUUGCCUCUGACGCAAGAGGGAACGCCACAAAAGCCUUGCUGGAAAACUUUGGCUUUGAGCUUGUCAUUCAGUAUAACGAGAACAAGCAGAAGGUGCAGAAGAAAAAUGGGAAGACAGAGCAAGGCGAGAACUUGGAAAAGCUGGAGUGCGAUACGUGCGGCAAGUUCUUUUCGAACAUCCUCAUCCUGAAGAGCCACCAAGAGCACGUUCACCAACAUUACUUUCCCUUUAAGCAGUUAGAGAGAUUCGCCAAACAAUACAGAGAACACUACGACAAACUGUACCCGCUACGGCCUCAGACCCCAGAGCCAUCACCCCCACCUCCACCACCCCCACCUCCACUCCCUCCAGCACCUCCUCAGCCUGCUUCUACUCCCACCAUUCCUACUUCUGCCCCACCGAUUACCUCUCCUACGAUCGCACCAGCCCAGCCGUCUGUGCCACUCACCCAGCUCUCCAUGCCAAUGGAGCUCCCCAUCUUUUCACCACUUAUGAUGCAAACCAUGCCACUACAAACGUUACCUGCUCAGCUGCCACCCCAGCUGGGUCCCGUAGACCCUCUGCCUGCCGACUUGGCCCAGUUGUACCAGCAUCAGCUCAACCCUAGCCUUCUCCAGCAGCAGCAGAACAAGAGGCCACGGACGCGGAUCACUGAUGACCAACUCAGAGUCCUUCGGCAGUAUUUUGAUAUUAACAAUUCCCCAAGUGAGGAACAGAUCAAAGAGAUGGCGGACAAGUCUGGAUUGCCUCAGAAAGUGAUCAAGCACUGGUUCAGAAACACUCUUUUCAAAGAACGCCAGCGCAACAAGGAUUCCCCGUACAACUUCAGUAAUCCUCCCAUUACCAGCCUGGAAGAACUGAAGAUAGACUCACGGCCUCCUUCUCCAGAACCUCAAAAGCAGGAGUACUGGGGAAGCAAGCGGUCCUCCCGUACACGCUUUACUGACUACCAACUCAGAGUCCUGCAGGACUUCUUUGAUGCCAAUGCUUAUCCAAAGGAUGAUGAAUUUGAGCAGCUUUCUAACUUGCUGAACCUCCCAACGCGUGUUAUAGUGGUGUGGUUCCAGAAUGCCCGUCAAAAAGCUAGGAAAAACUAUGAGAAUCAGGGAGAGGGCAAAGACGGGGAACGACGGGAGCUUACAAAUGACAGGUAUAUUAGAACAAGCAACUUGAACUACCAAUGCAAAAAGUGCAGUCUAGUCUUUCAGCGCAUUUUUGAUCUCAUUAAACACCAGAAAAAGCUUUGUUACAAAGAUGAGGAUGAGGAUGGACAGGACGAUAGUCAGAAUGAAGACUCUAUGGAUGCAAUGGAGCUCUUGACUCCAACCAGUUCCUCCUGCAGCACACCAAUGCCCUCACAAGCUUACAGCACACCUACGUCUUCAGCCAAUGCAACCUCCUCAACUUUUCUGCAGCUCACGGCAGAGGCAGAUGAUUCCUCCACCUAUAGUUCUAAAGUAGAAGCUACAGAUGAGAAACCAAAGCAGUCUGAACCUCCAAGUACACAGCAAAACCAAACUCAAGAGAAGCAAGUGCAACCAAAGCAAGAGUCUCAGCAGCAACAGGACCAAGGAGAACAAAAGACAAGUUCAGCACACCAAAAGAUUUCACAGCUAUCCUCGCCCUCUUCAUUGCAACAGCCACCUCCCCCUCCUCAGCCCCCUCAGUGCUCCUUGUCACAGUCAAGCCCAAGUCCAUCUCAGCUCUCGCAUCUGUCCCUCAAACCCAUUCACACAUCCACCCCUCAACAGCUGGCAAACCUACCUCCUCAGCUAAUCCCAUACCAGUGUGACCAGUGUAAGCUGGCAUUUCCUUCCUUUGAGCAUUGGCAGGAGCAUCAGCAGCUUCAUUUUCUGAGUGCACAGAACCAGUUUAUCCACCCCCCCUUCCUGGACAGAACGCUGGAUAUGCCGUUCAUGCUUUUUGAUCCCAGUAAUCCACUACUUGCGAGCCAGCUGCUGUCUGGAACACUACCACAGAUUCCAGCAAGCUCAGCCACUUCACCGUCAACUCCAACAUCCACAAUGAACACACUGAAGAGAAAGCUGGAGGAAAAGGCCAGUGCAAGCCCUGGAGAAAAUGACAGUGGGACUGGAGGAGAAGAACCACAAAGAGAUAAACGUCUAAGGACGACCAUUACCCCAGAGCAGCUGGAAAUUCUUUAUCAGAAAUACUUGCUCGACUCCAACCCAACACGGAAAAUGCUGGAUCACAUUGCACAUGAAGUGGGCUUGAAGAAACGCGUGGUGCAAGUUUGGUUUCAGAACACUCGUGCACGGGAAAGGAAGGGGCAGUUCAGAGCUGUAGGGCCUGCCCAAGCCCAUAGACGGUGUCCCUUCUGCCGGGCUCUCUUUAAAGCAAAGACAGCUCUUGAAGCUCAUAUACGAUCCCGUCACUGGCACGAGGCCAAGAGAGCUGGAUACAACUUGACGUUGUCUGCUAUGCUCUUGGAUUGUGAUGGGGGACUCCAAAUGAAGGGAGACAUCUUUGAUGGAGCAAGCUUUUCCCACAUGCCACCAGCCAGCAGUGAUGGACAGAGUGUUCCUCUCUCCCCAGUGAACAAGAGCAUGGAACUGUCGCCUCGAACUCUGCUGAGUCCAUCCUCCAUUAAGGUGGAAGGGAUAGAAGACUUCGAGAGUCCCUCCAUGUCCUCGGUCAAUCUGAGCUUUGACCAGACGAAGCUGGACAACGAUGACUGCUCUUCUGUCAACACCGCAAUCACAGACACUACAACAGGAGAUGAAGGGAAUGCAGACAACGAUAGCGCAACAGGGAUUACAACCGAAACCAAAUCGGCAUCGGGACCCAGUGAAGGUUUGACAAAAGCUGCCAUGAUAGCAAUGUCCGAAUAUGAAGAUCGGCUGUCUUCUGGCCUGGUCAGCCCAGCUCCCAGCUUUUACAGCAAAGAGUACGAUAAUGAAGGUACUGUGGACUAUAGUGAAACAUCCAGCCUUGCAGACCCCUGCUCACCCAGCCCUGGUGCAAGUGGUUCAGCCAGCAAGUCUGGAGAGAGCGGGGAUCGGCCCGGACAGAAACGCUUUCGCACUCAGAUGACUAAUCUCCAGCUAAAAGUUCUUAAGUCAUGCUUUAAUGACUACAGGACACCUACUAUGCUGGAGUGUGAGGUCCUGGGCAAUGACAUUGGACUGCCAAAGAGAGUUGUUCAGGUCUGGUUCCAGAAUGCUAGGGCAAAGGAGAAGAAGUCCAAACUCAGCAUGGCCAAGCAUUUUGGUAUAAACCAAACAAGUUACGAGGGACCCAAAACAGAGUGCACUUUGUGUGGCAUCAAGUACAGCGCUCGGCUGUCUGUACGUGACCAUAUCUUCUCUCAACAGCAUAUCUCCAAAGUUAAAGAAACCAUUGGAAGCCAGUUGGAUAAGGAAAAGGAGUAUUUUGACCCAGCUACUGUACGUCAGUUGAUGGCUCAGCAGGAGCUGGACCGGAUCAAAAAAGCCAAUGAGGUUCUUGGUCUGGCAGCUCAACAGCAGGGCAUGUUUGAUAACACCCCUCUGCAAGCUCUUAACCUUCCUGCUGCAUACCCAGCACUACAGGGCAUCCCUCCAGUCUUGCUCCCAGGCCUCAACAGCCCGUCCUUACCAGGCUUCACUCCAUCCAACACAGGCCGCUGCGCGGCGGCUCGCUUCAUACGCUUCAUACCUCCCCAGGUCACUGCUGUCUCGCUGCCGCGUCAGGAGCAGAUGCAGAAAGCGCAGCAGCCCAAAGGAAGCCAAACCCCCGUCCCCGCGGGGGCUGCCACCCCGGACAAAGACCCUGCCAAAGAACCCCCCAAGCAAGAAGAGCAGAAGAACGCACCCCGCGAGGUGUCCCCCCUCCUGCCCAAACCCCAAGAAGAGCCCGAAGCGGAAGGCAAGGGCGCGGACUCCCUCUGCGACCCCUUCAUCGUCCCGAAGGUGCAGUACAAGCUGUUCUGCAGCAAGUGCCAGGCGGGCUUCGGCGACCAGGAGGCGGCCAGCGACCACCUGAAGUCCCUCUGCUUCUUCGGCCAGUCGAUGGCGAACCUGCAAGAGAUGUUUCUUCACGUGCCCACCGGCAGCGGCCAGGGCAGCGGCUCGUACCAGUGCGUGUGCCCUUCCCAGCGCCCGGUGCCAACAGAACACCUUGCAGGAUCCUCAGCAGCGCAGACAACACUCCAAGAUGCCGGCCUCGGCUUGGAAAGCGGUGUCAUGGCGGAGACGACGGCCUUUGUCUCAGAGGGUGUGAAAGCAUCCGUUGUGCUGGCUCCACUGCGGCAGAAUGACGUUUAA